UCCUGAGGACGCUGCAGCCUCCGCUCCCGCCAUGGGCGCCCCGGCCUGCGCCCUCGCACUGUGCGUGGCCGCAGCGGUUGUGGCGGGCGUCGCCUCGGAGUCCCCGGGCACAGAGCAGCGCGUCUUGCCGAGAGCAGCAGAGGGCCCAGGGCCUGAGCCUGGCCAGCAGGAGCCGCUGGUCUUUGGGAGUGGGGACACCAUGGAGCUGAGCUGUGACCCACCCGGAGGUGGUCCUGUGGGUCCCACGAUCUGGGUCAAGGAUGGCUCGGGACUGGAGUCCUCGGGCCGUAUCCUGGUGGGGCCCCAGCAGCUGCAGGUGCUAAACGCCUCUCGUGAAGACACUGGGGCCUACAGUUGCCGGCAGCGGCUCACACAGCGCGUGCUGUGCCACUUCAGUGUGCGUGUGACAGAUGCUCCAUCCUCUGGAGACGAUGAAGACGGGGAGGAUGUGGCUGAGGACACAGCAGGAGCAGGUGGCUGUGCCGGGGUGUUUCAGUGUGCAGCUGUGCGUGUACAACGUGUGUCCCUGGGGCAGACAGCAGUGAGGUCCUGUGAACAGCAGUCACCUCCCUCCUUGGUCCUGGACCUGCUGCCUCCCUUCUGGGGGGCAAGGCCCAGCCUCCUAAUGGGGGCCCCUUACUGGACUCGGCCAGAGCGGAUGGACAAGAAACUGCUGGCAGUACCGGCUGCCAACACAGUUCGCUUCCGCUGCCCAGCUGCUGGCAACCCCACUCCUUCCAUCUCCUGGCUGAAGAACGGCAAGGAGUUCCGAGGGGAGCAUCGCAUUGGGGGCAUCAAGCUGCGUCAUCAGCAGUGGAGCCUGGUCAUGGAGAGCGUGGUGCCCUCUGACCGCGGCAACUACACGUGCGUGGUGGAGAACAAGUUUGGCAGCAUCCGGCAGACGUACACUCUGGACGUGCUGGAGCGCUCCCCGCACCGGCCCAUCCUGCAGGCGGGGCUGCCAGCCAACCAGACAGCCGUACUGGGCAGCGACGUGGAGUUCCACUGCAAGGUGUACAGUGACGCACAGCCCCACAUCCAGUGGCUCAAGCACGUGGAGGUGAAUGGCAGCAAGGUGGGCCCUGACGGCACGCCCUACGUCACCGUGCUCAAGACGGCGGGCGCUAACACCACCGACAAGGAGCUAGAGGUUCUAUCCUUGCGCAAUGUCACCUUUGAGGACGCGGGGGAGUACACCUGCCUGGCGGGCAAUUCUAUCGGGUUUUCCCAUCACUCUGCGUGGCUGGCGGUGCUGCCAGCGGAGGAGGAGCUGGUGGAGGCGGACGAGGCUGGCAGCGUGUAUGCAGGCGUCCUCAGCUACGGGGUGGGCUUCUUCCUCUUCAUUCUGCUGGUGGCAGCUGUAACGCUGUGCCGCCUGCGCAGCCCUCCCAAGAAGGGGCUGGGCUCCCCCACUGUGCACACGGUCUCCCGCUUCCCGCUCAAGCGACAGGUAACAGUGUCCUUGGAGUCCAACUCGUCCAUGAACUCCAACACACCGCUGGUCCGCAUUGCCCGGCUGUCCUCGGGAGAAGGUCCCACGCUGGCUAAUGUUUCUGAGCUUGAGUUACCUGCCGACCCCAAAUGGGAGCUGUCCCGGGCCCGACUGACCUUGGGCAAGCCUCUUGGAGAGGGCUGCUUUGGCCAGGUGGUCAUGGCAGAGGCCAUUGGCAUCGACAAGGACCGUGCUGCCAGACCUGUUACAGUGGCGGUGAAAAUGCUGAAAGACGAUGCCACUGACAAGGACCUGUCGGACCUGGUGUCGGAGAUGGAGAUGAUGAAGAUGAUUGGGAGGCACAAGAACAUCAUCAACCUGCUGGGGGCCUGCACGCAAGGCGGGCCUCUGUACGUGCUGGUGGAGUACGCGGCCAAAGGCAACCUGAGGGAGUACCUUCGGGCGCGGAGGCCGCCGGGCAUGGACUACUCCUUCCACACCUGCAGGCUGCCUGAGGAACAGCUCACCUUCAAGGACCUGGUGUCAUGUGCCUACCAGGUGGCGCGGGGCAUGGAGUAUCUGGCAUCCCAGAAGUGCAUCCACAGGGACCUGGCUGCCCGCAACGUGCUGGUGACUGAGGACAACGUGAUGAAGAUAGCCGACUUUGGCCUGGCCCGUGAUGUGCACAAUCUCGACUACUAUAAGAAGACCACCAAUGGCCGGCUGCCUGUGAAGUGGAUGGCCCCUGAGGCCCUGUUUGAUCGGGUCUACACCCACCAGAGUGAUGUCUGGUCCUUUGGGGUCCUGCUCUGGGAGAUCUUCACCCUGGGGGGCUCACCGUACCCCGGCAUACCCGUGGAGGAGCUCUUCAAGCUGCUGAAGGAGGGCCACCGCAUGGACAGGCCAGCCAACUGCACACACGACCUGUACAUGAUCAUGCGUGAGUGCUGGCACGCAGUGCCCUCCCAGAGGCCUACCUUCAAACAACUGGUUGAGGACCUGGAUCGCAUCCUCACCGUGACGUCCACUGAUGAGUACCUGGACCUGUCAGUGCCCUUUGAGCAGUACUCGCCAGGUGGCCAAGACACCCCCAGUUCCAGCUCCUCAGGGGACGACUCUGUGUUUACCCAUGACCUGCUGCCCCCAGCCCCACCCAGCAAUGUGGGCCCUCGGACGUGAAGGGCCCUUGGCCCUUAGGCCAAGCCCCAUCAAUGUGAGAGUGGAUCCCAGCCUACAGUGCUGCUGCUGGUGUACAGUGGACCCGGGCCCAAACCCAGGAUGGAUGGGCAGAUGGACAUAGAUGUGUGUGUGUGUGUGUGUGUGUGUGUCUGGCGGCCCCCGGGUGCAGAGGUCUCCUGGGGCCUGCGCUGCUAUACAGUGAUCUCCUGACUCACCACUGCCAGGAGACCAAGGGACCCUUGUUUUGGGGGACCAAAUAUGGAAUGUAAGAGUGCCUGGUCCUUCACCACCACCCCAUAAGAAGCACCACAGGCCAGGCUGGACCCAGUGUCCACAGUGGGCCUCAGGCCCUCCAGUGCCCAAAGCUGAGCUGCGGGGAUGCCCUCUGUGGCAAGCCUCCUGAGUGGCACCUUGUGCCUGGGGGUGAGUGGCAGCUUCCCCACCUCCAGGCCUCCCCACUUCCCACCCUGCCCCUCCAAGACUGAAAUUACGGGUAUCCGAAGGUGGGAGCCUCUGCCUUCUAUCCGAAAGUUUUAUUCCAGAAAUGAGUGUACAUUUAUAUAAAUAGAUGCUGUGUAUAUGAUAUGUAUACAUCCAUACCUGUAAGAGUAUCUGUGUGGAGGGAAGGAAUGCUGCGGGGUACAGGGGGCAUUGCCUGAUGGGGGAGGCCCCUUGAGGCUUGUUCGGGAGGCAGAUGCAAUACAGGGCAGCAGCAGGCUUUUCUGGCACCGCAGUUUUGUUUUAAAAAUUGUACUUGGACCCUGUAUAUUUGUAAAGCUAUUUAUCAACCCCCAGAACCCUUGCUCCCCACCCAUGUUCACAGCAUUUAGCCAGCACAUGGCAGAGAGUAAAGUCUUAACUUAUUAACAGCCAAGGCUUAGCCAAGUUACUAGGCUGCAGGAGCAUGUGCAGCUGCACAGGAGGCUGAGCCUCGACGGCAGUCGGCCAAAGGGCCUCCUUGAGCUCGUGUUUCCUCUGACCUCCUUUGCAGGGGAACUAGCUUUCUAUAGGGGCUUUCUCUAGGAGAUUUAUUUUUUGUACUUCAAAGGAGCUGGGUAUUUUCAUACAGAUUCCAACUGCUGCAUGUUCCAGGUGGGGACCACAUCCAGGGGGGCAGGGGCUGGCUCUGCUUGCAGGUUCAGAUGUUAUUAGAUGCUACAGUUUAUAUAUAUCUAUAUAUGUAAUUUAUUGAGUUUUUACAAGAUGUAUCUGCUGUAGACUUAACACUUCUUACGCAAUGCUUCUAGACUUUUACAGCCUGGACUGCUACCUUUCAGAGCUUAGGGGAGAGAAAGCCGUGAAUUCAGUUCUGUUAUUUUGUGUACUGUUAAUGGGCCCCAAGCUUGGGUGGCUGCCUCUUGCUGGUCGUUGGUGGCUCAGGGCCUGCUGCAGUGGCCAGAGGUGUGGCUCAUACUGGGGAGUGAUUGUCAACCAGCAGAUAUACUUUCCAGACAAUAAAGAGAAAGGCCUGGUCCUGGUC